UCGCUGUUGACGCCUUCUAUUAUAUGACGCAUAAUGAAACACGCUGGGUCAAGGGUCAGUGAAGACCACAUCUCCCAUAAACACUGAACAUGUCCCUGUGUCAGUCCGCCAUGCUACUCUACAGCCUCGUAUCCCUGUAUCUCCUCUCAACUGCCCGAGCUGGUGAUGAUGGGCCGUGUAUGCGCCGCACGUAUAAUGGAUCUACUGGGUCCUUGGAGUCGGCCAACUUCCCCAAAUUCUACGAUGACUACAGCGACUGCCAGUACAUCAUCCAACCUCAACUAGGCACCAAUUCCAUCAUCAAGGUGGUGCCGGAGAUCUUUGAUCUCGAGGGAGGGUACGAUCUCCUGGAGGUUCGUGAAGGUGGGCGACACAGCAGGUACGUCGGCCACUUCACCGGCUCCAUCAUGCCUACCCUGUACGGCAAAGCAUUUUGGAUGAGGUUCACGAGCGACUUCAGCAACGCCAAGAAGGGUUUUAGAUUUUCUUGGAGCGUGGUGUCCGAAGGUGUCAGGCUUGUUAACGGCACUGGAGGUUUGGAAGGUCGGGUUGAGUUGUUCCACGACGGGAGGUGGGGCACCAUCUGCGACGACUCCUGGGAUCCUGCUGAGGCAUAUGUCACUUGCGCGAUGUUGGGAUUCAAAGAUCCCAAGGCGCUUAAAUUUACUCAGGCACAUUUUGGACGUGGAGCUGACCCUAUCUGGUUGGACAAUACAAACUGCUUCACAAACAUGACAUCCUUAUCACAGUGUCGCACAGAGAGCUGGGGCCAACACAACUGUAAUCACGGGGAGGACUCUGGCGUCAGGUGUACAGAUGCUCUGAGAACUAUAAAACGGCUCGCUGGAAAAAGAACAAGUUUCCCUAAAGGUUGCAGCGGCUGGUUCACCAACACGACGGGCACCUUGACGUCCCCGCAGUUCCCCCUGUACCCAAACUUCGCUCAGUGUCAGUACGUCAUCGCUCCACCGAAGUCCGACUCUGUCAUACAGCUGAAGUUCACAAUCUUCGACCUGCAAGAAGGAUCUGAUUUUCUUGAGGUGAGGGAAGAUGGUCCGACAGGAGCUUUUCUAGGACGGUUUAGCGGCCAGCGUCUGCCCCCAGUGAUUUACGCCAAGAAGCUGUGGUUGUCCUUCACUUCGGAUGCUUCACUCGGGAAGAAGGGCUUCAUAGCCUUUUGGGAAGAGUCUUCGAAUGGUGUCCGGCUUAGGAAUGGUACUGACGUCACCGAAGGACGAGUUGAAGUCUAUCGCCAGGGGGCGUGGGGUACCAUCUGUGACGACUCUUGGGACAGUAUGGACGCCUUGGUCGUGUGUCGGAUGCUGGGAUACAAUGAUGGGGAAGACGUGAACGCAACGUCUUUGCCAGGAGGAACGUUUGGUCCAGGUGUAGGUGUGAUUGUCUUUGAUGAGAUGAGCUGUAUUGGCGUGGAAGAUAACAUCCAUGAUUGCUCAUCUUCUGAAGAUCACAACUGCAACCACUUCGAGGACGCCUCAGCCAGAUGCAUCAGCAAAACUCCAACAUCCACGUCUGCAUUUGACAACAGUACCUUCAUCCAACAGAGUAUGGUGGAUGCUGUGACUGUCUCCUGUGACUCGCUCACCAUGAAGGUGACUGUCGAUCUCUCACAGAUUGAGGACGUCUAUCCACAGCUGGCGGAAGGAACAGAAUACUUAACUCUCGCCAGUGACAACUGUGUUGGGAACAUAAACAACAACACCAUCGAAUUCAACAAUGACAUCACAGAUUGCGGGAUGGUGUCCAUGCAAAAUCAAGAAUACAUCAUCUACCGCAACAGACUGGUCUCUCACCCGAACGGCUCCGGCGACUCGGACAACAGCAAGAUCUCCCGCGGCUUUAACUCUGUUGCCAUCCCUGUCACGUGUUCCCUGGCCAAGAGGGUCAGUUUGACCGCCCGGAUGAUCAGCUACCUGAAGACCAAGAAGAGCACUACUGUACGCGGUUAUGGGAACUUCACUGCUCAGAUGAACUUCUAUAAAGACUUGACUUUCAGCAGGCAGAUCUAUGACUACCCGAUGUACGUGGAGCUUGGGGAGGAGGUGUACGUGGAGGCCCGGAUACUCACCCGGGACAAGAGCCUCAAGGUGGUGCUGUACGACUGUCAGGCAACACCUGGUUCAAACUCUACAAAUACUGACGUCUAUACUCUCAUCUCUAAAAGAUGCCCAGUUGACAGUUCAGCACAGAUACUGACUUCUCCGAACGCCACUGCCGCUAGAUUCCACUUCAAGACGUUCCAGUUCCUGCAGCGGGAGGGUAAGGUGUUCAUCAAGUGCGCACUGCUGGUGUGUAACGUCACAGACAAGUCCCAAGUCUGUAGUACAGCAUGUUCCAACGGUGGCCGCAAGAGACGCAGUGCCGAAAAGGUUCACUUCGUGGACGUCAUACAGGGGCCGCUGAUACUGAAGAACAAGGCUCAACCAGUACACAAGAGUUCAAGCACAAUUCACGUGGGAGCUAUCAUUGCGACGUGUGUCGUUGUUGCGGUCGUUGUCGUUUCGAUCACGCUGUUUAUGUUUUCACGAAAGAAGAAGGCCACUUGGUUCUCAAAUCAAGCGUACAACGACUACGACAACCACAACGACAUGGUAUCGAUGCUGCAAAUGACACCUCCUCCUCAAGUUAGAGAUUAGCGAUGAAACGGUGCCAGGGCAUCUUCCUCAGCUCGCCGUACGUCCAUCUCGUUGUACAGAUACUUAAGCCGCGCAUCUCGAGAUCCUGUACUGUUUAUCUGGCGCACAGUUUACUUUGAAGCCUUAUUUACCUGGCGCACAAUUAAGAUUAAAAUACUGGUUAAUUUGGUGCACUGCUUACUUGGACUUGGUGCUCAUUGAUUAACUGCUCAUGGACUCCGUGCUUUGCUUUAAAACACUGUCAUUCUUGAGGAAUGCAUUUAUCUUGAUGCAUUGCAUUUGCUAAAAUGUUCUUCGCAACGUACGGUUAACUAAGAUAUUUGUUCUGUAUUUAGUACUUAUGCUGAAACAUCGUAACUUUCGAGUUUCGUCGGUUGCCUAGAUCCUCACACUCAUCCCAUGUUUUUCCACAUUGUAUAUAUGAUUGAAUUUGAAAAGAGUUUAUGUAUCCAGUAGUGAUUCAGUGAGAAAAGAUUUUAUGCAUGUGUAAACGCUAAAGCAGAUGCUCCUCUAAAGGGGCUAGUGUGGUGCUAUUAUCUCAUAUAUUUGUUGUCAUGACGCCUAAAUAAACUUACCAAACAUG